CUUCGGUCAAAUGGUCCAAUACUACUUUCUUUGUGGUGGUAGGGUCACUUUCUUCUUCUUCUUCUGCUUCUUCUUCUUCUUUUGUGCUACGAACCCCAUAUUAAUUCAGACAAAAACAUUGGUAUACUAAAUAAAUACACACAGUAAAAGGUUGUUGUAAAUCAGGACGGAACAACCGACCGAGCGACCGAGGAUGUCUGAAUAACAAAAUACUAGUACUUUAUUUGCAAAUAUAGUAAAAGUAGAGUAGUAACUAGUACAAAACAAAUUUACUGUCGCAUAAAUCUCUUUUUUUCUCUUAAAAUGCUAUUCCAAUCUGAAUUAGAUUUCAAAACGAACUGUUGUAUUUCUUUCAACGGCAAUUCUUAAUUCAAAUAUGUACACUAAUCUUAUCUUAUGUCAGUAUAUAUAUUAUUUCUAUAUCCAUGAUCCUGUUGGUGGCUUUAUUAUGAGUCUCCAGUCUCCACAGACAACCUUUAGUAAAACCCGCAAAAUCCUUUCUUUACUGGUUUUCUAAGAACACCCCCAUUUCGCCUGCUGUUUUCCAGAUAUUUCCUGCGUAUACAAUUUCCAAGAAUCGAUCUUUACUCUAUAAGAUCUUCGGAUUGCUUCUCCAAUUUUUCUUAGUUGAAUUGAUGGCUUAUUAAUUGUCUAGAAAUCAAGUUGAGACCUUUAAUGGAAACUAAAAAAGACCCAGAAUCUGCACAGCCUGACGUUUUUUUGGAGCUACCAACCAAUCAAAGUCGUAAUCUUUAUGAUCAAAGUCUUGGAAAAACCUCAGAGGUCUGUGGUUUUAGUGGGACUUGUAGUGGGUCACUGUUAGUUGCUGAAGAAAAUGGAGCUGGAAAUAGAAUGUUAAGUCCUCUUCAACACAAAUUUUCCUUACAAGGACAUGGGAAUGAGGAUGAAUCUUUUGUGGAUGACCCGGGAAUGAAAGAAAUUUUAGCAGUUGAAAGAAAUGAGGAGAUUAGGGAUGACAAGAGUUUGGAGAAGGAGGACCGAGAGAAGACCAACGAUGCCCUGGCAUGGAAAGCUGAUAACUUUUCUAGGAAUGUUGGUGUCUCUGGUGAUGGUAUUUCUUUAAUUGUUGAGGUUUUUGGUCCCCCAAGUGGAACUCAUCCAGGUGAAGGAAACAACCCUGACAAGCAAGUGUUGGGAGAGGAGGAUUCUGAUGGAGAAGAUACAAGUGGAUCCAGUGGGACAAUGUCACCUUCUGAUGGGGAUGAAGAUAUCGACAAUGUUUUGAAGAGAAAUGACCCAGUGGUUGAGGAGAAGACAAACAGCUUCAAAUCUGAUAAAGCAAAAGCGCAAAACAAAGUGGAGGGCGACAAGUUUUGCAAUACAGUAAGCACAUUUGCUUUGGGUGAUUUGGUUUGGGCUAAAACCAAGAAGACUCAGAUAUGGUGGCCAGGUGUAAUUUCUGAUCCUGUUAGUCGGUUGCCGACCUCUAAGGAACCUGCGAGUUCCAACAGGAAAGCCUUCUUCUUUGUUAAAUAUUUUGGGAGUGCUAAUUCUGUUUGGCACUCUGCUUCUCAUAUCAGGCAUUUGGUUGAGGAUUUUGAUCGGUUAUGCUGUCAGAGUAACUCUAGAAGCUUUCGUGGAGCAAUAGAGAGAGCUGUCUAUGAGAUUAGUCAGCGUGCUAAGCUAGAAAUGACUUGCUCUUGUUAUUUAAGAGAAAUUGAAACAUCUUCUUCCCAACUUGGUAGUCAAAAAUGGCCGAAGAGGUCAUGGUCAGUAAACAAAAUGGCUGCAUCAUCUGCGUCAUUUGAAUCCCAGUUUCAUCCUGCAAGUUUUCUUGCUCUUUUGAAAUACCUUGCUCAGAGUGCUAGUCCACCAGAUAAGUUUCAAAUUACCACCACCAAAAGUUGUCUUUGGGCAAUUUAUCGUUCUUUGGGUCAUCCUCAAUUGUCCAUUCAAUAUCUUGUGUCAAAUGCUGCCCAGAACAGUGCUCAUAGUAAUUCAAAAAGGGCUGAGAAGGAUGAUGUUAUGACCGAGUUUUCUCGAGCCAACUGUUAUGAGGCUAUUGAUGGAGAAAAACAUGUAAGUACUACUGAAGCUGAACAUGAGCUGUAUACCCCCUUACCAGUAAUUGGAGAGCAUGAUGGGAGGGUGGAUGGAAGAUCUAAAAAAUGCCAUGGGUCGAGGGAGAGAAAGAAGAGCCAGUACUUAUCAUAUCCUUUUUUGGAUCCGAGGAAGGGCCAUGAAAAAGUUUUGGAGCAGGCUGAAUCGGUCUUGGACGUGAAUGGAAACUAUGGCCAAAAUACUGGUAAGAAAUCCAAAAAUUCUGUGUCCAGCAAAGCUAGCUCUUCUGAUAUGUGGGAUAAAGCCAAGGAUGUUGUAGCUUCUUCUACCGAAAUACUUUCUGAACUCCAUUUGGCAGCUCUUGGUUGUUCUUUUACAAGAAGCGAAAAAUGUUCUGAUUCAGUUAGUAACUUUUUAAGUUGUCUUAGGAGGUUUGCAUUCUUAAAAUAUGAAGAAGCUGAUGAGCAUAUUGGUGAUCUUAUGGGGGAGACUAGUGUAUCUUCCAGCUGUGAUACAGAAAGAAGUCCUGGAGGGGAUGCAGUCAAGCGUGCGCCAAAAAGGAGACAGAAAGAAAAGAGAGAUAGUACUUCAAGAGGUGCUAUGCAUUCUAGAAAAAGAAAGGAAACUAGAAAUGGCUCAGAGGUGACUGGAAGUCCUGAAGUGGAUUCUGGUUCCCCGAUGAAAGAAAAAGUUUCCAGGAAGAGAAAGAAGGCAAGAAUUGAUUUGGGCUUGAUUGAGAAGAGAUCUGCAACUGGAUUACCAGAUCUGAACGGGUACAUCCCUGCAUUCUCUGUUGAAGAUGAUCUAGUGGCAGAAUCGGUGACAUCUUAUCGUUUACGGGGAAUAGCUCCCGAAAGUUCAUGUACACAAACUCUGAACUUGCUAGAUCCAGGGAGAGGCAACAUGAAAUUCGUCCAGUUGCUGAAAGAUGUGCAGUCGAUGGGUUCAAAUUUCUUCAGUAACAUGGCUCAACAGAAUUGCAUGAAUAAUAAAGCUGCAUUUGCUACUUCUGAAGUUGAUAGACAUUCAGAAGCCAAGAAAUGCUACACUCAAUCUGCACUAAUAAACAAAAUGCAACCAAUAUGUCUUGGUACCAAAUGUGAGCCCAAGACAAGAAGGAAGAUGAAAGCAGCUAAGCCUGUGGAUGCUACAGUGCAUACAUCUAUCCCUGAUUUGAAUGGAAAUGCUGUUGACUGCAUCUCACCUGGAAAUAAGGCGCCUGAUGCAAAUUCCGCUUUGCCUAAAACUAAUGUGGCACGGAAAAGAAGGAGAAAGAAGUCUACUGAUGUUAUAUUAAAUGUGGAAACAUAUCACAAUAAGUCGUCUAUUACUGAAGGAGUUUCAGCCACUUCAUUGGCACCUUUGGUACGACCCAUAUUGCCAGAGGAUGGACCAAAGACUCCUGUGGUGCUUCCACCUGAUCCAGCUCGAGGCAUGUUUACUUCUGCAGCAUCAAAUGUGAAUACAAGUCAUAAUAAGCAGUCUAUUGCUGCAGGAGUUUUAGCAACUUCAAUGACUCCUUUGGCACAACCCUUUUUGGCAACAAAUGGACUCGAGAUCCCUGCAGUGCUUCCACCUGGUCCAACUACGCAUAACGGUGGUGAUUUGCCUGAUAUCUUGUUUAUGAAAACGAAUCUUGAGAUGAUGACAUCAGUGUUGGGCAAGGCUGGUAAUAAUCUUUCUCCUCAACUGAAAAUCAAGUUAGAAGGUGAGAUAAGAGGUCUCAUGGAGAAGAUCAGCUCCAUGGAUUCCUCCUCAUCCUCUUAGAUAUGGCAGGGUUUUAGUUCCUGUUUUCCAGUUUACCAGGAACUGUUGGCGCUAAUGUUCUUCAAUGAAUCCUAGGCCCUCGUAGUUUCCUUGGUUUUCACUUUUCUGACAUUUUGUACCAAUCCUGCAUUCUAAGCGGCAAUUUUUUUGGUAUUUUGAUGUAAUAGUUGAUAAAAGUCGUGGGAUUGUUUCCUUUCCCUUUGCUCUAUCAAUUUGAAUUGGACUUCUUUAAUCAUUGUGACUCUCGAACACCUAGUGACAGUCUAGAUCUGUACAAGUGUGGUCUAACACAUUGUCCAGUUGGACCUUUGGGAGUAUAGAAUUGUAUCGAUAGGUGGAGAAGGUAGCUAAAAAAAGGCAUUGCAUGCAUGGAGUCGUACCUCACUAGACUAGGCUAGUAAUAGGUCCCUUCUCUCAAAUUUAUGCAUGUAAUAAUUUAGGUGCUUGUAAUAAUUAUAUAUAUAUAUAAAAAAAGAAUGUAGUUGAAAAGAG